ACACCACAAUAAAUUAUCAAGUAAAGCCUCUUCUUUUUUUCAGUUGAUAGAAUUGCAGAGAGCACCGAAGGGGAAGUGGUCACAGAGUCUGAAGAAGAAUCGGUAUGCAUCUCAGCCAAUCAUUUACAACCACAAAGCUUUUUUCAUUUAAUUUACAUUGUUUGAGGAAGUGCAGAUUGCAGAGAGGCUCAGAGAAAACAGCUUGGGUGAGGGCCUAGUUGAGGAGACAUUGAGAAGCCAUCACCUCUAAAUAAAAGGAGAAAAGUCCAGAAUGGCAGAUGUUGCUGAAGACAUGCAGGCUAGUGCAGACACAGCGAGACUCUUGCCCUCACCUGCACCCUGUAGUGAGGCACAGCUGGAGCAGCCUCCACCCUACACGCCGGCCCCGCCCCUCUACAGUCCCUAUCAGUCAUUCAACCCACACAACCCUCCCCAUGAGCUCUACCAUCCUCAGGAGCCUGGGUAUCAAUGUAGCUCAGAGGGACAACCAGGUCCAGUGGUUGAGGGUUGUGGUCUUGAAGUGUCAGGUUUUGAAAACAAAUCCAUCCGGCGUGCUUUUAUAAGAAAGGUGUUCUGCAUGGUCACUCUCCAGCUGCUCUUCACCUUCAGUGUGGUGUGUGUGUUCACCUUCUCCAGCACGGUGAGGGACUACGUGCAGAAGAACUUCUGGAUGAUGAUCAGCUCCUACGUCAUCUUCCUGGUGGUUUCUCUGGUCCUGAUCUUCUGCAGAUCCUUCAGCCGCCGCCAUCCAUGGAACCUGGUGGGCUUGGGCCUGGUCACUCUAAGUCUCUCCUACCUGGUUGGCACAUCGGCCUCGUUUUACAGCACUCCUGCUGUGAUCAUCGCCAUGGGCUCAACCCUGGCCGUUUCUUUUUCCAUUAUCAUCUUCUCUGCCCAGACCAAAUUGGACUUCACAAUCUGCAAUGGAAUCCUUGUUGUGCUGUCCACAAGCUUCCUGAUGUUUGGCUUCUUCAGCAUUUUCUACUACUCUGCAAUCUUAAAUGUCGUCUAUGGCUUCAUUGGGGCUCUGAUAUUUUCACUGUUCCUGGUGGUGGACUGCCAGCUGGUGAUGGGCAGACAGACAUACGGCCUCAGUCCAGAGGAGUAUGUGUUCGCCGCACUCAUCAUCUACCUGGACAUCAUCAACGUCUUUCUGUACAUACUGCUUAUGCUGGGGGGCGGUUCCCGAAGUUAAAACAGAUGCAUAUAUUUGCAUACAUUCUGUGCACAUGUACAUACUGUGUAUAUCUGUAUGUUUGUGUGCGAGUGUGUAGCUAUUCUGUUAACUCUGAAAUGGUUCUCAUGCAAACUGUUUGCUUUAUGCUGGUUAAGACACCAU